AUGUAUGGAGGGAUGAGACCAUACCUGUCUCUGGCUUUGCUGUUAUGUGCAAUGAUCUCACUUGCGAACGGUUAUUGCUAUUUUAAAGUGGUUGAUGCAGGUAUACCAUUCCCAAACGGUUCUCUGCCUCUCUUUGGUCUGUUGAGACUUACUGCAACAAUGAGAACAUACUUGUGUGUGGCUUCACUGAUAUGUGCUGUGCUGUCACUGGCAAAUGGCCAAUGCUUUCCUAAGCAAGUGGAACCAGGUGCAACAGAUUGCCUUGAUGAAGCCGAUAAUAAACGAUACCCUGUUGGAUCAUCUUGGAGAAACAGUGAAUGCAUGGAUUGUACAUGCAGCGGUUGUUGCGCUGCGUUUGGCACUCCCACACGAUUCCCUGAUGAUUGCGUAUCCGUGUUUGACAAAGCGGCAUGUAAAUACAGAGUGCACAAGAGGGAUGACCCAUCUGUUGAAUGUCCAAUUUUUGGUGCAGUAGGAAAGUGACAACACAACGACAUUCCU